CUGUGUUGAUGUACAUGAUACCUCAGUGAAGGCCGGUCAGAGUCGUUUCAAGGUGCGUGUCAGGACAAUCGUGUGAAGGAUGUCAAAAUGUGUGACGAUGUCCAAAUAUGUGAUGGGAAAUUUCUUGCGGAGAUUUCCAGAUAUUCUUAGACAAUCUGUGCAAACACGGUUAAUAUGUCGCAGCUACACUAUAUCAUCACACGACAAUAUUCUCCAAUCAAACUCAGAAGUUGAUAUAGGACGACCAACCGGAUAUCUCGGACGAGAAGCGAAACGGCAGAUAUCGGGAGCCGAAAGGUCGCUUCAUAUGUCAAAGUGUAAAAAUACUAUUUUAGAAAAAUCAUCGGAAGGUACUCUAGUAAACAGUCCUCAUCCCAAACUUGAGAUUCCUUCGAAUUCCUUCGCAGAGUUUGUCUUCAACUGCUUGGACAGCCGCAAAGAUGCAAUAGCAACCGUGGACUAUUUGACGGGCCGGUCGUACACAUCGUCCUGGAUAAAAGAUUCUUCCAUCCGUGUAGCUAGUGGUCUCAAUCGACUUGGACUGCGAAAAGGUGAUACCGUGCUUGUCUUCUGUAGUAACUCACCGGAGUACACGGUCGUCAUCCUCGCCUGUGCUGCACUAGGGCUGGUCAUCAGCACUGCUAACAGCGCCUAUGCAGUAGGUGAGUUAGGCAGGCAACUUGGCCACUGCACAGCGAAGGCGAUAGUAACAAUACCGGAAUUGGUACCGACCGCCAGAGGAGCAGCCAACUCGUCCCCAGACCUGGCCGACUCAGUCAAGUGGCUAAUCACUAUUGGAGGAGCGGCGGAAGGGUGUGUACCGUUUUCUGUUCUAUUGGAGGAUGACGGGAAGGCAUUUCCGGAGAACGUAGACAUAGAUUCCGAUGACGUCCUGUUCCUGCCCUACUCCAGUGGGACCACGGGUCUAUCUAAGGGCGUCAUGCUUACUCAUAACAACGUCGUGGCAAACAUCCUCCAGGCGAUCAAAGGUCCGAUGGCCCUUGACCCUGACAAAGAGUGUUUGAUCGGCCUUCUUCCGUUUUAUCACAUCUAUGGUCUUGUAGUGGUACAGUUCGGAGCGACCUGUUUGGGGACCAAACUCAUCACGCUCCCGAAGUUCGAACCCGAAAACUUCCUUGGUGCUAUUCAGAAACAUAAGAUCUCCUUCCUGCAUCUAGUUCCUCCUGUUGUGCUGUUUCUUGCCAAGUCUCCUCUUGUGAACAACUAUGACGUCAGCAGCAUUGAUGGGAUUAUCUGUGGCGCGGCACCGUUAGGGGAGGGGCUUACAGAAGAAGCGUCCAAUCGACUUGAUUGUCACGUGAUUCAAGCAUAUGGACUUACAGAGACAAGUCCGAUCAUUCUGAUGGACCAAGCCCCUCCGAAACUCGGAACCGUUGGGCAGCUGGUCUCCAACACGCAAGCAAAGAUAAUAGACGCUGAAAACGGUGCGUGCCUCGGUCCCGGGGAGACGGGCGAGAUAUUGGUACGAGGGCCACAAGUAAUGAAGGGUUAUCUCAACAACCAAGAAGCUACAGAUAACAUGAUCAGAGACGGCUGGUUACACACAGGAGACAUAGGGCACUACGACGAGGAAGGGUACAUCUCAAUCACGGAAAGGCUUAAAGAGCUCAUUAAGUACAAGGGAUUCCAGGUGCCCCCUGCGGAGCUUGAGGCGUUGCUACUGACCCACCCGUGUGUACAGGAUGCGGGUGUUAUCGGGUUGAAGGCCGGGGAGGACGUAGGCGAGGUACCACGCGCCUUUGUCGUCACCAAACCCAACACACAACUCGCAGAGGAAGACGUCACUAAAUUUGUGGAGGAAAAUGUGACACACUACAAGCGACUGAGGGGAGGAGUGAAGUUUGUAGACGCCAUUCCCAAGACCGCCAGCGGUAAAAUUCUCCGCCGUCAGCUCAGGGAUCUUUAACUGCCGAAUGCAGCAAUGUGACAUGUGUAGAUGUUGUAUAGUACAAACUCCGUCAUCAUUUAUAUAUACCAACUACGUCGUCAUGUUUCAUCCGGAAAAUGCUGAGAGUUCUGUCAUACUCGACAUUACAUACAGAUUUAAAAAUCCAGUGCCGUCAAAAAUAGGAACCAAUUCUCAAGAAAUAUUCAAUGUGUAUGCGAAUAUUAUGGUGGAACAUAUAACGAGGGUGAGAAACUAAUUAACUAAGGCCGCUUGCGGCUUGAGUUGAUUUUUUUAUGCGCAUGUUCGAAUCCAGAGUUAUAUUCUACCAUGUAAAAUGUGACGAAGGUCUUUUUCUCGUCUACCUCAGUGGCCUAAAACUUUGAGAAACAAGGUGACCUAGAUAAUCUAAUCAUUAAAAUUAAGCUGUCCUUUGUGCGCGCUAUCAUUUGUCACGUGAUGCCUUUAUGUCUUUAUUUCACAACAGUCUGAUCGUUUUUAUCAUUUCUAACCCUGU